UCAACGCGUGAUAAGAUGAAUCGCGAGAAGCGGUUGCAAGGGCUGUAACACACAUUUACGUGUGGAAAUUUAAUUAACACUUCGUUAAAGUGUCUCUUUAGGGUUGUACCAUAGAUCCUAGACAGAUAUUUGAAGUCGGCUGUGAAGCCGAUUAUCACGAGACCGAAAAGUGCUGCGAAAAUAGGAUUAAAAAUCGAUUUCGAGGUUUCUAGAAGAAAAGGCUACUGGAGAGGUGGACGAUCUGCCACACUUUGCGGGGUGACGCGGGGAUAUUUUCAGAUAAUCAGAAAUUUCAUAAAAAAUGGCUGCACUACCACGAAGGAUUAUCAAAGAAACACAGAGACUAAUGCAAGAGCCAGUUCCUGGUAUCAGUGCUGUGCCAGAUGAUACAAAUGCUAGGUAUUUUCAUGUAAUUGUAACUGGACCUGAAGACUCACCAUUCGAAGGUGGACUUUUUAAACUUGAGUUGUUCCUACCAGAAGACUAUCCAAUGUCUGCUCCUAAAGUUAGAUUCAUUACAAAAAUUUAUCAUCCAAAUAUAGACAGAUUGGGCAGGAUUUGCUUGGAUAUUCUUAAAGAUAAAUGGAGUCCUGCUCUUCAAAUCAGAACAGUUUUAUUAUCAAUACAAGCACUUUUAAGCGCACCAAAUCCAGAUGAUCCUUUGGCAAAUGAUGUAGCUGAACUCUGGAAAGUAAAUGAAAGCGAAGCAAUACGCAAUGCCAAAGAAUGGACUCGGAGAUACGCUAUGGACAACUGAUCUUAGAUCAUCCAUGAUGUGAAGUGACGUUACCCCUAUCUUUCCGAGUUUACCAAUCACUUUACCCGCACCAGCUGCGUACCCUGCACCUGUGUCCACAAUUUUGCUAUAAAAAUAAUAAAAGUUUUGUAAGAGUAAACAGAAUGAAACUGUAUUUUCUAUAUUGCGGGGAAUACAAAGACGUCGUGUUUAGAUUUCUUCAGCAGUUUG